AUGCAUCGUUCUCUUGCUCAUCUUAACAACGCUGGCAAGGGAGAACAUGAUGACGAAGGGGAAAUGACGGGUGAGUCAGACAGUGAAGCUGCUGGGACAAGUGCUAAACAGAUACGCGUGAAAUUUACGAGACCAGAAACUGAGCGGCAGAAGAAAAGAAGGGAAGCGAGCGCGCUCCAUAGAGAAAAAUUGAUUGCGAGUGAUUCAUGGAUACCAUUGGAUGUUCAUCUGAAAGAGUUAUCACAACCUAGAGAUCUCGUAGAACGCGGAAUUAUUUGCGGAGAAAGAGAACAAAUUGAUCUCACUAGAAGCGAUCUACUGGUUACUCAUCAACGUAUUCGAGAAAUGCCUAUUCAUCAGCAAGUGAAAGCCCAGGUUUUCAAAUCACGGGUCGUUGCAACGGCUGACAUAGCUAGAUUGGUAGAUCCCUCCAUCAGCCGCGACGAGCUUUUCGAAUAUCUUCAACAGUCGGCCCAUCUUGUUCAAGGUGUUUGGGUUUUACAGUCAGAGUUUUUAUAUCACGAUCUCACUGCUGCACAUGCCAUUACCCCAGGAAAAUUAGACGAACAUCGCGCUGAUAUGUGGCGAUGCGCCCGAGAUCUCGCCUUAUGCCUCCUCGAUGCAGGACAGAGGGUCACUCGCUCCUUACUCACCAGGUGUUUUCAAAUCAAUUCGAAGGACGCUGAAGAUAUACUGUCGUCAUUUGCAGUACCUGGAAAUAGAUCCUGGAAACUGCGGAUCACACCAGAUCCGGUAUUCUUAGAAAGUCCCGAAAACGCGAAAUUAGUGCUGGAGGAGCGACGCUACUGGGCAGAGAGAUGGGCAGAGCUUCAAAGUCGCAUAGAUUCUACAUUAUCAGUGCAUGCUCCCAGUUCACGAGCACAGAAGAACAGCGCUCGUAGCAGUCCUACGAAGAGCCCCACUCGGACUCGACGAAAC